AUUAGUUAUCGAUCACUAUUUCAUAAGACUCCAGUCACUGCUGAAUAUUGAAAAUGGACUUGUCAGCCCUCUUUUCUAGAAGUUAUUGGCUGGGCUCAAUAACACACUCUUAGUAUAGUGGUCAUGAAUUUAUCACUUUUCAGCAGUUCUAAAUGGCCAAAUGCACAAAUAGAAAUGUGAUGUUGUGUGAAUCAUUUCAUUCCAAAAAGAGCACACUUCCUGUAGGCUAGUCUGAUAAAAGGAAGAAUAAUAUCAAACUUUCCUGAAAAGAAGACGUUGUUACCCUUGCCUAACUAAUUCUGCUUAUUACCAUUUGAGGGCUUGAGAGAACAGUGGCCCAGAAUCAGACAUAGGCUCCAGUGGACUAUUGUAAUAAAAUUCUACUGUAAUAUUAAACUUUAAAAUAUACCUAAUUUAAGGAAUCUUAAUACUUUGACUUUUAGUGGGUAAAUGUUGGGGCAGCGAUGCAAACCUCCAACUAACAUUUUUCUCUGCCCUCUUCCUGUCCCUAAGUUAAAUAAUGGCGGAGACAAGUCUGUUAGAGGCUGGGGCCUCUGCAGCAUCCACAGCUGCAGCUCUGGAGAACUUACAGGUGGAGGCGAGUUGCUCUGUGUGCCUGGAGUAUCUGAAGGAGCCUGUCAUCAUUGAGUGUGGGCAUAACUUCUGCAAAGCUUGCAUCACCCGCUGGUGGGAGGACCUAGAGAGGGACUUUCCUUGUCCUGUCUGUCGAAAGACCUCCCGCUACCGCAGUCUCCGGCCUAAUCGUCAACUAGGCAGUAUGGUGGAAAUUGCCAAGCAGCUCCAGGCUGUCAAGCGGAAGAUCCGGGAUGAGAGCCUUUGCCCCCAGCACCAUGAGGCCCUCAGCCUCUUCUGCUAUGAGGACCAGGAGGCUGUAUGUCUGAUAUGUGCAAUUUCCCAUACCCAUCGGGCCCACAACGUUGCGCCACUGGAUGAUGCCACACAGGAGUACAAGGAAAAACUGCAGAAGUGCCUGGAGCCCCUGGAGCAGAAGCUACAGGAGAUCACCCGUUGUAAGACCUCUGAGGAGAAGAAACCAGGAGAGCUCAAGAGACUAGUGGAGAGUCGCCGACAGCAGAUCUUAAAGGAAUUUGAAGAGCUUCAUAGGCGGCUGGAUGAAGAGCAGCAGAUGUUGCUUUCACGACUGGAGGAGGAGGAACAGGACAUUCUGCAGCGCCUCCGAGAAAAUGCUGCUCACCUUGGAGACAAACGCCGGGACCUGGCCCACUUGGCUGCCGAGGUGGAGGGCAAGUGCUUACAGUCAGGCUUCGAGAUGCUUAAGGAUGUCAAAAGUACCCUGGAAAAAUGUGAAAAGGUGAAGACCAUGGAGGUGACUUCCGUGUCCAUUCAGCUUGAAAAGAACUUCAGCAGUUUCCCCCGACAGUACUUUGCCCUAAGGAAAAUCCUUAAACAGCUAAUUGCGGAUGUGACCUUGGACCCUGAGACUGCUCAUCCUAACCUAGUCCUGUCGGAAGAUCGGAAGAGUGUCAAGUUUGUGGAGACAAGACUCCGGGAUCUACCUGACACACCACGGCGUUUCACCUUCUACCCUUGCGUCCUGGCUACUGAGGGUUUCACCUCAGGUCGACACUACUGGGAGGUGGAGGUGGGCGACAAGACCCACUGGGCAGUAGGGGUGUGCCGGGACUCUGUGAGCCGAAAGGGCGAGCUGACCCCACUGCCUGAGACUGGCUACUGGCGGGUGCGACUGUGGAACGGGGACAAAUAUGCAGCCACCACCACGCCUUUUACUCCUUUGCACAUCAAAGUGAAACCCAAGCGGGUGGGCAUAUUUCUAGACUAUGAGGCCGGCACACUGUCUUUUUACAAUGUCACAGACCGCUCCCAUAUCUACACCUUCACUGAUACUUUUACUGAGAAACUGUGGCCCCUCUUCUACCCAGGCAUCCGGGCUGGAAGGAAGAAUGCUGCACCACUUACCAUCAGGCCCCCAACAGAUUGGGAGUGACAGGUAGGGACGUGGGAAUACCUGGGAUGAGGCAGGAUCGAGAGCUAUGGGCCUUCCUUCCUGUGACCUGCUGGAACGUCUUCGUGUCUGCCUGGUUCCGCUACUGAACCAUCUGGGAGAAACACCUUGGUUUCUAGAAUGGUUUAUGUGGAAGAGUAGGUAGGACUGGUCUGGAGUAAGAGCACAACCAUGUCUCCUAACUGUCCUGUGGGGAGCAAGUUCCCAGGGUAUUCUCCUGGAGCCCAUCAGGUUUUCUAUUGCACAGGACAGGUUGGGAAGGAAGGAGAGGCUUUUCCAGAAACAAAAAGUCUGUGGGAGGGUAAGACAUGAUCAAACCAGAGAAGGAAACGGAAGCCCCUGUACAUUCUUUUUGGGGGUUCUUUGACCCAGAAUAGUUGUUUCUUUAGGAAGAGCACAGGGGUAUGUAACCUCUAGACUGAAAUAAAAAUGAAUGGCAGUUGCUCUCCUGGGUCUAGAAGUUAAGGAGUUUUUUUGAGGGCAGAGAUUGGGCAUCUAGAAGGUUAGAAAGAACAGGGAAGGGGGCUAAAGGAACAGAUCCCUAGAGACUAAUGAAGGGGAGAGGGGUUUCUUUGGUCUUCUAUUCCCAGAGUAAGGUUGCCAUUGUGAGUUGGAUUGGCCAGAGGUAGCAAUGUGGGGAGGAGAGGGUGAGAAGGAAGAAGAGAACCCAGGUCCCUGUCUCAGCCUUCAGCAGAGCUGGCUUAUUGCCUGCCUCCUUAUAGUUGAUCAUCUACAAGAAGUCGGUCACCUUGCUCUUCAGGGACCAGGUGCCAGAGAUCCUGCAAGACAGUCUACCCUUUUACUGCUUUCCCAAGGGAACUUGGGAAGGGGAGAGUCUGGUAUUAGAGGGAAGAGAAAAGUAUUUCUAUCCAAAGCUCUGGCCUUAAGGAAUGUUACUUAAUAGUUACUCCCAAGUUGUCAGCCUUAUUGCCUGGCUAAGGUGUCCAAGCCAGAAAGGGAGAAAGGAAAUGGAGUCUUCCUCACCCUGAGGACAGGGUAGAAGAGGGUGGUGUGUGUAGGGAAGGACCAGAUGGGCAACUUCCUUGUGCCUGUGUGCAUCUGGACUGGAACUAGUGUUUUCAAGAGUCAGUCUUUUGUUUGUUUGCUGCCAUCCUUCACCGUUUGCCAUUUCCUCUAUCAGAGAAUGUAAGUCAUUUAAUGUUAGGCCAAAAUAACCUGUAGGGUACAUGUUGUCAAAAAAGGUAAAGCGAUGCAUGCCAAACCAAACUGAAGUGACUUGGACUAUCUGCUGCUCCAGUAAUGGGGUUCACAGAAGGUUGGGACAAGAAACUGCAGUCUAGUGAGGGCAUUUCAGUUCCUCCUACCACCUCAACAGGACUUUGUCCAGACUCUCCUCUUACCUUUGUGCCUUGACUGUGGUUCUUUGUGGCAAGAUGCUUUGGUUGGUAAAACAAUAUGGAACAAAGGAUCCACUGAA